UUUAUAGUAUUUACUUUUGAGCGGUCCCAUAAACAAACCAUUUUCAGCAAUGCUGGACAUCUCGCAAAUGUGCCGCGUUUGCAGGGAUGAGUCCGACUGCCUGGUGGACCUGUUCGCGGAGUCAUGUUCCUCCAUUCCGAAUCAAGAGAAGGAGCCGUACUUGGCCACCAUGCUGAGAGAUUGCAGCGGAUGCAGCGUGCUCAGGGCGGACGGAAUGCCACAGUUUAUCUGCGUGGAGUGCGCGGAGUCAACUCGGAAAGCGUACAGAUUGAGGCGUCAAUGUCGGAAGAGUCAUAAAUAUUUUGACCAGCUACGUCGGAUGGUUAAGGAGCUGGAAGGAAUCGAGGGUUGCCUGGAAGUGGACAAAGCCGAGGUCAAAGAUGGAGCAAUUACAGAGGCAUUCGAGCAACAAGUUCUUGAAGAUAUCUUUGUAGAACUAGUGGAGCUUAAGUACAAGUCUGCAUCAACUAAAAAGGUAACAACUCCCGAAGGCGAUCUUCCGAUACCCACUCCUGAGAACAAUGAACCCAAGAAUAUCAAGGCUCCAACAAAGAGACCUAUCAUUAAACGCGAAAAAAGAAAGAAGUCCUGUUCAGAUAAUGACACUUGGAGACCUGAAAGUGAUGCCGACGAAAGAGAUGAGUCUCCAAUAAAGAGCCCGAUCAUUAAUGCGGACUUAGGUAUUGAGCAUGUAUAUAAGCCUAACCCUAAAAAGGUAACCAAUCCCGAAGGCGAUCUUCCGGAGGCCCCCGCAGAGAACAACGAAUCCAAGAAUAUCAAGGCUCCAAUAAAGAAACCGAUCAUUAAACGCGAAAAAAGAAAUAAGUCCUAUUCAGAGAAUGACACUUGGAGUCCUCAAAGUGAUGCCGACGAAAAAGAUGACGAAAAUUGGGGGCAAACAAAAAUAACAAAGACGAGAAAAAAGAAGAAGGUUCGCAAAAUCUUUCAGUGCAAUCGUUGCGACCUGUCAUUCGGCCAAAAUAUUCAUCUAGAGAUCCACAUGCGAACACACACGGGAGAACGCCCCUAUAAGUGUUCAUAUUGUUCGCAAUCCUUUGCCCAGAAAGGCAAUUUGGGCACCCACAUUCGAUGUCACACCGGCGAGCGUCCCUUUGCAUGCACAAUGUGCCCAAGACGAUUUCGGCAAAUGGGUCAGCUCAGUGUCCACACUCGGAUUCACACUGGCGAGCGUCGCUACAAGUGUAAAAUUUGCCGACUAAGAUUUCAGCAAAACGUUCAUCUGCAGAAACAUAUGGCCGUACAUACCGGAGUUAAAUUCGAGCCCGGCAGACAAGGAGCCAAAAAGAUCACCUCAUAAAAAAAGUGUAUUCUUUUUUUUAACCCUUUACUGAUAUUUUACUUACUUAAGGAAUACUAAUAAAUAUAAGCUUAUGUGUUUUUUAA